AUGACCUAUGGCUUCGAGGAACUACGGUUUAGGAUGGGUGAUGGUAUGGGAUUGCCGUUCUUAGUUGCAUCAGUGUUUAAUCGCCGUGGUAUGGUAGAAGUAAACCCUGAACCCUCGAGGAUUGAGAACUCGUCAGGGCGUAUGCAAAGGGGUGCCCAUCGUGAAGAGGACCUCAUUCCCGCAGACUGGCAUCUAUACUGGAAAAGUGGCCGAUUCAAGCCAUCCGAAUACACCACAGUUGAAUCGCACCAGAAAAUGAAUCACUUCCCGAGGUCGGGUUGUAUAACGAGAAAGGACACCCUUGGUCGGCUUAUGAGGAGGAUGAUGAUAACCUACGGCGAACAAGUCUAUGGUUUCGUCCCGGAGACGUAUAUUCUCCCGAAUGAGUAUGUCAAGUUCGUAGGGGCAUAUUCGGAGCAAGACGAAAACAGUCGAGGGGUUUGGAUUUGCAAGCCGGCUGAUAGUUGUCGAGGGAAGAACAUAUUUCUAUUGCGGAAUCUCGAAGAACUCCGUUAUGACAGUCAGUUCAUCAUUCAACGGUACAUCGAGAGGCCGCUACUCAUCGGAGGUUUCAAGUGUGACUUUCGAGUGUAUGUAUUGGUGGUCAGUGUACACCCACUGAAGGUAUACAUCUACUGUGAUGGUCUAGUGAGGUUUGGAACGAGCCGGUAUGACCUUGCCACAUUAUCGGACAAGUUCUCGCAUCUCACCAACAGCUCGAUAAAUAAAUUAUCACCAACGCUUGCGACUGACAAAUACGAAAUAGGCCCGGGGUGUAAAUGGGAGUUCAAGCAACUAGAAGCACAUUUCCGUUGUAACAAAGUGGAUGAUAAGUUCAUGUGGAGCAAGAUAAUCAAUCUUGUGAAUGCAACACUAAUCCCGACGGUGCCUUGCAAUUCUGGUCGGCAGAAUUACUUUGAACUUUUCGGCUUCGACGUGGUUGUUGAUGAAACGAUGCGCCCAUGGCUAAUAGAAGUCGGAAACGAAUACACGACGGCAUCGUCGAAACGCUUUGAUAAACUAUUGCGGACUCUCGUGUCACAUCUUGGGAGAAUCGAUAGAAGAAUACAGAAACGUAUCAGAGACUUGAAAACGGAUGAUAGGGAUAAUUUGACUCCGUACGAUUUCAUCGCCUGA